AUGGAGGGAAUCCCGCCUGAGGCUAUUGCCGCGCACAACGCCGAGCAAGAGGAGCGAGCUGCCAAGUUGCAGCGAACGGAGCAGGACGACGAUGAUGAUGAUGAUGGAGGGCCGCCGCCCCAGCCGGCCUAUGGCGCUGCUCCCGCCGGUAUGGCCCCACAACCGCUCUACGCUGCACCCAUGCAAGCAUACCCCAACCCCUACGCGCAACACAUGCCGCCACCGCAGAUGCUACCCCAGUGGGCCCCUCAAGGCCCAGGAUACCCCCCCAUGCCCGCAUGGCUUCCCCCUCCCGCGCACUCCCCCUCCCCCGGAUACUUCCAUCCGGGUCACCCGCCCUCUUCCUUCCCCCCUCCUCCGCGCCCGCCUCCUCAACCGCUCUUUCCGAUUCAAGGCGGCGUCCGCCCCCCUCCGCCGCACUCCAUGAGCACUCCGCCGAACGCGUACCCCCCCGCUUCUUCCGCAACCGCGCCCGCGGGCGCACCUGGCAUGGUUGGCGGUGCGCCUCCUCCUCCCGCGAGUCCCGUCUUCCCCAUAGCUUCCGCCGGCCCGCCUCCGUCUUCCGCCGCAUCAGCGCCUGCAGCGCCUUCCCCGGCCCAUUCUCCCGCGGGCGCAGGACCUUCCGCGCAGCACUUCCCCCCCGGCCCUGGCGCAGGGCCUUCCCCUUAUCCUCCGCAAGGGGCGGUUUUCCCCAUUCCGCGGCCAGGGUACCCUGGCCCUCCGCCGGGCGCGGGGGCUCCGCCGCCAGCUGGGGCGCCUCCGCCGCACGCGGGUGCGCCGAGACCAGGACAGCCCAUGCCGGGGGGAAGCUACGGCGCGCCUGCGUCGCUCCUGCCAGCCCCUGCGCCCGCCGCCACCAGUGCGCCUGCGGGUGCAGCGCCACCAGCGGGACUGCCAGUCAUGGCAGCAGGGGCACCACCACCAGCAGGGGCACCAGCAGGAGCAGUUGGAGUGGCAGCGGGAGGAGCGGGCCAGGCUGCACCUGCAGCGGCUGCAGCGGCUGCGCCCACGACGGUGACGGAGGUGUAUCUGGUGUGGGACGACGACCAGAUGUCGAUGGAGGAGCGCCGGGCCAGCCUGCCUCGCUACCAUUCCCGCGUCGCGCUUCUCCUCCGCCAUUUGGUCCCCGCGGAAGGCGCCAACCAGCCGCGCAGCAUCGACGACAUCCGCGCAAGCAGCACUUGCGCCUUCCCCUGCCCGCGCGGGUGCGGGAUUUCCGCCGUUCCUUGCUCCGCGAGCGCGGCGCUGGGGGCGCCGGUGGUGGUGGGGGCAAUGGUGCUGGACGUGCAGGGGAGGGCGGGCGCGGAGCGGGCACUGGAGCGAGGCACCACCACGCCUGGACAGGUGGAGUUCCGCCCAGGGGGAGUGGCGCGCAACAUAGGGGAGUGCAUGGCGGCACUCACUGCCCCGCCGCUCCUCAUCUCCGCUCUGACGUGUUACUCUCCCAUUGGUCAGCAAGAGGUCUGUCCACCCAGGCCCCUUCCCCUCCCCAUCCCCCCCAACACCGCCAUCUCCCCAUUGCCCCUCGUUUCACCCUCUUCCAUCGCUCUGCUCAUCACCAUCCCUCGUGUCCUCCCCACCAGCUCCCACUCACCUCACUCAUCACCCCGCGCUCUCCUUCCCAUUCUGCUCUCCCCUUCUCACCCUGUCCCUGCUCCAUCCAUGUGCCCCUGCAUAGUGCGGGCAGCAGGGCAGCGCACGGCGGUGGUGGCGAGUGUGUUCGAUGGCACAGGCGAGGUGGCUGCUGGCGUCGCUGACGUUGCUGUCCUGGAGCAAGGGGUGCAGGAGGAGUGGGUAGCGCGCUUCACGCAUGCCAUGCACUCUGCGCCCUGCCUUGUCGUCGACACCAACCUCCUGCCCUCGCUGCUCGCCCAUGCCUGUCAAUAUCCACGUGCUGGCACCCAAUGA